CAAGUAGUUGAACAGUCAAUGGGCUUGAUCAUCUUUUCUAUAUUUUUAUAAAAUUCGACAUUUUAAAGCCCAAACUUUUGCUCAAAUAGCGCGAGUCAGUAGUGACACAACUCUCGUUCGUUCUCGCGCAUGAGCUUCAAUGGCGUCUCUGUCCAACACAAGCGUCUCCUCGACCUUGCCCGUGCGUGCUCGAGGAGCGGUUCCCUCGACGCGACGAGGAUCCUCCAUGCGCUCGCCAUCACGGCGGGACCCUAUUCGAGACAACCCACCUUCCUCUACAACAAUGUCGUCUCACUGUACGCGGGUCUCGGCGAACUGUCCGCCGCCCGCGAGGUGUUCGAGAGUAUGCCCCAGAGGAACGCGGUGUCGUUCAAUGCCGUCAUUGCCGCGUGCGGUCGAUGGGGGGAUGCCGAGGAGGCUCUGGCUGUUUUCGCCGAGAUGAGAGGUCGCGGGUUCGGCCUGACCCAGCACUCGUUGGCUGGGGUGUUGUCCUGCGAGGCGUUGGGCUUGAGCUGCGGGGCUCAGCUGCAUGGGAUCGGGAUGAAGAAUGGGCUUCUUGAUGCCGACCCUUUUGUGGGGACUGCUUUGUUGAACUUGUACGGGAGGCAUGGCUGUUUGGAUGAUGUCAUUGGGGUCUUUGAAGAUAUGCCUUCGAAGAGCUUGGUGACUUGGAACUCCAUGCUGACUUUGUUUGGGCAUCAUGGAUAUUCCAGAGAUUGUGCUUGUUUAUUCCGAGAUCUUAUGAGAGAAGACUUUGCCUUGUCUGAAUGCACCUUCAUGGGCAUCUUGUCGGGGUGUUCAUGUGAACAAGACUUGGUAUUGGGAGAACAGAUACAUGGUCUUGUGAUGAAAAAAGGACUCUCUUCAGUGUCCUCUGUUCUGAAUUCGUUAAUCAAUAUGUAUGUUAAAUGCAAAUUUGUAUGUUUGGCGGAGAAAGUGUUCAAGGAGCUGCAUGUUCCAGAUGUUGUUUCAUGGAAUAUAAUGAUUGGGGCCUUGGCAAAGACUGGAAAACCUGAAGUAGCUUUAGAACUCUUUAGUAGAAUGUCCAUGGACGGGCUAUUGCCUAACCAAGCCACCUUUGUAAGUACAGUUAAUGCUUGUACUGGAUUUGAAGUCCAAGUUUAUGGAGAGUUUAUGCAUGCUAAGAUCAUUAGAAAUGCUUUUCAGUCUGAUGUUCUUAUAGGUAGUGCUUUGGUUGACUUUUACGUUAAGUUCGAAAAUCUUGAAGCUGCGCAUCAUUGUUUCAAUGAAAUUCGUGAGAAGAAUGUGGUGUCUUGGAGUGCUUUGAUAUCCGGGUAUGCAACUAAAAGCUCAUCUACUUCACUAUAUUUACUGCAAGAGAUGGUUAGAUUGGGGUUCCAACCAAACGAGUUCUCAUUUUCUGCUGUUCUCAAAGGAUCAUAUGCUUCAGAGCUACAGCAACUUCAUUGCUUGAUUACAAAAAUGGGCUAUGAAUGUAAUGACUAUGUCCAGAGCUCUCUAAUUACCUCAUAUGCCAAGAAUGGACUCAUAUCCGGCGCCUUGGCCUUUGUAACUGCUCCUGGUGAACGGCUUGCUGUUGUUUCUAGCAAUGCCAUUGCUGGAAUAUAUAACAAAACUGGCCAGUUCCAUGACACGCUGAAGUUGCUCUCUGCACUUGAAGAGCCCGAUGUUGUGUCCUGGAAUAUAGUAAUUGAAGCCUGCGCUCGCAGUGGUAAUUACAGAGAAGUUUUUGAGCUUUUCAGUUACAUGCACAUGUGUGGAGUUCGACCAGACAAGUACACCUUUGUUAGCCUUUUAGUUGCAUGCUGUAAGCUUUACAACCUUGCUACUGGGAGUUCUGUCCAUGGUCUGAUGAUAAAGACGGAUUUUAGUUGCUGUGACGCGAUUGUGUGCAAUGUUCUUAUGGACAUGUAUGGGAAGUGUGGAUGCAUCGGGAGCACAGUCAAAACUUUUGACGAAAUGUCGGAUAGAAAUAUCAUCUCUUGGACCGUGCUGAUAUCUGCUCUUGGAGCGAAUGGUUAUGCCAAUAAUGCGUUAGAAAGGUUUAGGGAGAUGGAAUCAGAGGGUAUUCAACCUGAUGGUAUUGCUUUUACAGCAGUGCUUACUGCAUGCAGGCAUGGCGGGUUAGUAAGAGAAGGGUUGGAAUUGUUCCAGUUAAUGAAAACUUAUUACAAGGUGGAACCUGAGAUGGAUCAUUACCACGGUGUGGUUGAUUUAUUGGCCAAAAAUGGGUGUCUUAAAGAAGCAGAGGAAAUGAUUAUGAGCAUGCCUUUCCCACCAAACGCACUAGUCUGGCGCAGUUUCCUUGAGGGCUGCAAGAGGCUGCAUAAAAAUCGAGUGCUGGAGCUAGCAGAGUGAGGAUCGAAUUCUCAUGUAUUCCAAAGAAUGCAUACUGAGGUUGUUGAGUCCAAAGCAUGCAACCUCAAUAACUUAAAGUCAUAUCAUCCACCUGCCACCAGAAUAUCAUUGGUAGAAGAGUAUUGCCGCUGAGGUUAGCAACGAGGCCAAUGAAGUGGUGUUAAUUCUCGGAAGAUGUGGAAAUAUGCAGAUGAAUAUAACUGCACAACUAGUGAGAGUUAUCUUUUAUUUGGAUACCCGGUUAAGUUGUUCUUCAUUGCAUUCGACUGACUAGACUAACUGAAGGUGCUCAGCCAUUUUCGGUUGUCUUGGUCCAAAGUGACCGCCCUGAAGGACAUGCAACUUGGGCAUCUAGAUAUUAUAUCAAGCCACCUUCACUCCAUCUACCAGUUCGUGGCCGAGCCAGAGUCUGUAUUCAUCCUUUCUCUGUCCUGACCGAAAUAUGAGCAAUUCAACAGGGUGCUAGUAAUCUGGACAUCAAGGGAACUCGUCUUAUCUCCACCCUUUGGUAAGGCAAUGCCCCCGUGAAUUCGGCGGUGUUGUUAGAAAAACAUAUUUGUACCUGGAGAAAUAAUCGGAUUCUGAAUAGGUGGUAGGAAGACUUUUGGACGGUGACUAUGACUGAGGGUAAAUGGUUUGUGCAAAGGCACCGAAAGAGAGAUGGUGAAUUGCAUGACAAUGUGUUACUAUGUCCGACUUUCUCAAUUCCUACAGCUUCCAAAGUAAUUGAAGUACAUUGACUCAUGUGCAAUUGUGCCAAGUGUUAUUCUGAGCAGCUUUGAAUCA